AUGGAGGUUGAGUCUCCACAUCUCCCUUCACAGGCCAAAUGCUCCAGGCUAGCUCCUAGACGGAAUCCCGACCUUGACCAGCGGCUGCCAGGAGGCGACCGAGGAGCGGCCAGCCAGCCAGAGACAGCCAUCCCGCCUCCAACAGGUUCUAGCAGUGAAUUUCGCUCUAAGACUCCAGAGAAAAGCAGAAAAGUAUUAGAAAGGGACUUCGACGCCCAGGCCCAAGCAAGGUCAGAGGGCGCCCCCGAGCGCGUAUCGAGCGGCCCCUUCGCCCUCACACCUGUCCCUACAACCUCGGGAAACCUGGCCAGGACCGCAGGGGGCAGCCGCAACAAAGCAAAGCGCCUUUUCCACCGCCUGGAAUGGAUGGGACACACGGUCUUCGCUGCGUGCGGAGAGGUGACUAUAUUACCCAGAGUGCUCUGCUUGAACAGCGGCAGUGCUGACCCAAUGAAGGCGCGGGAGAGGGGCGAGCCAUGUUUGGCAAAAGAUAGGGGCGGGACUUCCGGUCUCUCUUUGUGGCUGUCGUUUUGGCUGGCUUGGGGUUCCAUGGCCACAGAAGUGCUUAAGGACCCUAGCGAGGGCAGCAUAACCUUUGAGGAUGUGGCAGUGUACUUUUCCUUGGAGGAAUGGGCUCUCCUUGAUGAGGCCCAGAAACUCCUAUACUGUGAUGCGAUGCUGGAGAACUUUGCGCUUAUGGCCUCUCUAGGUUAUUGGCAUGGCGGGGAAGACGAGGAGGCACCUUCUGGGCAGAGUGUUUCUGUAGAAGGAAUGUCACAGACACUGACGCUCUUCAAGUAUUUGGCCAUGACCUUCACUUGGGAGGAGUGGGGGCAAUUGGAUCUGGCACAGAGGAUCCUGUAUUGGGAGGUAAUGCUGGAGACUUGCGGACUCCUGGUCUCACUGGGUAUCCUGUUCCCAAACCAGAACUGACCCAUCUGCUGGAGAAUGAGCAAAAUCUAUGUGUGGUGAAGAGAGGCUUCUCCUAAGUUCCUGUUCAGAUGCAUCUCUCUUUUGAAGCCUCAUUUCUUCUAUCAUCACAGUUCUUUCACCUGGGAUCACUUUUCAUCAUCAUUAAAUAGAAGAUCCUUAAAAAAGAAUUUUGUUUUAUGCAGGUUAA